CCAUUAAUCCUGAAGAAGAGGUCGGCUCCUGAAAGCAGACGCAGAGUGGAAAAUGGAAACAACCUGUUCGACCUGCGUUUGACGGCUUUGGGAUUUACGGGAAACCGACGCGGUCUAAGUCAAGGUCGACGCUUCAACUGGGACGGAAACCGCGGAGCCUGAGACGCUCCGUCCGCCCCUUCACCGAGUGUUUGGCCGGGCCGGGAUGCGACAGCGCCGUGUGUGAAUAACGACUCCAUCCGCGUGCCAUGUCUUUGGUAUUUCCACGACUCAACACCAACCCAUUUCACGGCAAGAAGGAAAAGAGAAUCAUGGCGGAAGUGAAUGCAUCACCACUCAAACAUUUUGUCACCGCAAAAAAGAAGAUCAACGGGAUCUUUGAGCAGCUGGGGGCUUACAUCAAGGAGAGCGCUUCCUUUCUGGAAGAUACAUACAAAAAUGAAGAGCUGGACCCGGUUGCCACAGAGGAGCAGGUCCAGGAGGUCCGGGGUUACCUCGCCAAGGUGACGGGCAUUGGAGAAGUUCUAGCUCGCCGGCAUAUGAAGGUGGUUUUCUUUGGAAGGACCAGUAAUGGAAAGAGCUCCGUAAUCAAUGCCAUGCUGUGUGACAAGGUUCUGCCAUCUGGAAUAGGACACACCACCAACUGCUUUCUGAGGGUGGAGGGCACGGAUGGGAAUGAGGCCUUUAUCCUCACUGAAGGCUCUGAGGAGAGGAAGAACAUAAAGACGGUGAACCAGCUGGCCCAUGCUCUCCACCAGGAUGAAGAUCUAGAUGCUGGCAGCCUUGUUUGUGUGAUGUGGCCUAAAGCCAAAUGUGCUCUGCUCAGGGAUGAUCUGGUGUUGGUGGACAGCCCAGGUAUUGAUGUUACCACAGAACUGGACAGCUGGAUUGACAAGUUCUGUCUGGAUGCUGAUGUGUUUGUUCUGGUGGCGAACUCUGAGUCCACGCUGAUGCAGACGGAGAAGUCCUUCUUUCACAAGGUCAAUGAGCGACUUUCUAGUCCCAACAUUUUCAUCCUGAACAACCGCUGGGAUGCCUCAGCUUCAGAACCUGAAUAUAUGGAGGAGGUCCGUAGGCAGCACAUGGACCGUUGCACUAAUUUUCUGGUGGAUGAACUGGGUGUGGUGGACCGAGCCCAGGCCAGUGAUCGUAUCUUCUUCGUUUCUGCCAAGGAGGUACUUCAGGCUCGCGUUCAAAAGGCUCAAGGAAUGCCCGAAGCAGGUGGCGCUCUGGCAGAGGGAUUUCAGGCCAGAAUGUUUGAGUUCCAGAACUUUGAGCGGAGAUUUGAGGAGUGUAUAUCACAGUCAGCAGUGAAGACCAAGUUUGAGCAGCAUACAGUGAGGGCCAAGCAGAUCUCCGAAACCCUGCGGCGCAUCAUGGAUUCUGUAUACGUUGCUGCACAGGAGCAGAGAGUCUAUUGCCUGGAGACCAAAGAGGACCGUCAGGACCGAUUGGAAUUCAUUGAUAAACAGUUGGAUCUGCUGACCAUGGACUGUAAGGCCAAAAUCAAGAAGAUUACUGAGGAGGUGGAGAGACAGGUGUCUAAUGCCAUGGCAGAAGAAAUCAGGAAGCUCCAUGUGCUGGUGGAUGACUUCCACAUGGACUUCCAUCCAUCACUAGUGGUGCUUAAGGUCUACAAAAAUGAGCUUCAUCGACACAUAGAAGAGGGCCUGGGCAAGAACAUGUCAGAGAGGUGCUCCACCUCCAUCACCAGUGCGCUGCAGGCCACACAGACCGACAUGAUUGAGGGUCUGAAGCCUCUGCUGCCCAGUACGGUGAGAGAGCAGGUCGACAAGCUGGUACCUCGGAACCAGUGCUUCAGCCUCAGUUAUGACCUGGCCUGUGACAAGCUUUGCAUGGACUUUCAGGAAGAUAUCAGCUUCCACUUCUCUCUGGGCUGGACCAUGCUGGUCAACCGCUUCCUCGGACCCAAGAACACCCGACGUGUUCUCAUGGGCUACAGUGACCAGGUUCCUCGGCCCAUGGCCUUGACACCGGUCAGCACCAGCAUGCCUCCAUUCCCGCAAAGCUCCAUGACCCAGGAGGAGCUCAUGGUCUCUAUGGUCACAGGUCUUGCUUCCCUCACCUCCCGUACUUCCAUGGGUGUCCUUGUUGUGGGUGGAGUGAUCUGGAAGGCAGUCGGGUGGCGUCUCAUCGCUCUGUCAGUGGGUCUGUACGGGCUCCUCUACAUCUACGAGCGGCUCACCUGGACCACCAAGGCCAAAGAGAGAGCCUUCAAGAGACAGUUUGUGGAUUACGCCAGUGAGAAGCUUCAGCUGAUUGUCAGUUACACUGGAUCCAACUGCAGCCAUCAAGUCCAGCAGGAGCUGGCUGGGGUCUUUGCUCAGCUCUGCCAGCAGGUAGACAUCACCCGCCAAAACCUCGAGGAUGAGAUCACUGACAUGAACAGCAAGAUCGAGCUGCUGGACAGCCUGCAGAGCAAAGCUAAGCUGCUACGGAACAAGGCGGGCUGGCUGGACAGCGAGCUCAACAUGUUCACCCAGCAGUAUCUCCACCACAGCAAGUAAUCAAGGUGGAGCAUCCUCAGAGGGAUGAAAUAACACCAGAGGAACAUUUAGUACCCCUGCUGACAUUUCCUCUAGGAAACACACAUUUUAGGUAUAUUUUAAGUCACUGACUUAAUAGAAGAGGAUCCAUUGAAGGGGAAGUUUGGAUGUCUGACAUAAGUGGAGCUGCUAAUUAGUCAUGAUUUGGUUGUGUGGACAUGAGCUCAGGAUUAGUGUCUUUGGAGCUCCUUCAUGUUCCAUCUUUAGGUGCUUGAUAGACACCCUGAGCUCUGCCUGUGCAUCCUUAUCAGCACUGAUCAGUGGCAUGUACCACCUUCUAUCAGAAACUCCACACUGUCCAUUAAAUGGGAUUCCAGUGAACUGCCACUUUCAGCCUGUGUAGAUGUGAUUUUUGUUUAUGCAUCUGAGCACUGGACCAGUGGAAUGCAGGUAAGGCACUCCACGAGGGGCACACGUGUCUGCUGUCAGCAGAACGUGGUAGAUUAUUCUACAUGAUGAUGCUCUGUAUAUUUGGAAGAGAGUGAAGUGAAAGCAAAGCAUUGAUUGGUGGUAUGAAACAGCCUGCUGCUGCACUGACAUCCUCACAUUUUCCUUAUGGGCUCCAUCAGUGUGACAAACACAACCUGCUGUUCACACACCAUCAGCUAAUGUGUAGCUUUGAUGUGCAUUUCCUUUAUUUCCUUUCAGAUGCAUCUGAAUAAUUGUGCAGAUUGGUUGUUUUCUGCUUUAAACACUGUGAGAUUCCACAUAACUGAAACAUUUGGCUUCAUGUCCUUUUCCUGAUAAAUUCCAUGUCGACUCAAACCACCGUCUUAUCACACUAACCCACUCUGGUUCUUAUUAAACAUGUAAAGAUUUCCUGUUUACGCCACAUCAUCACCACUGACAGGUGAUCUUGGUACAAUAUGAUCUUAUAGAUUUCAUAUAGAUAUUACUUAGAUUUGUCCCACAUUGCAGAUAAACCCCACACACACACAUGCAUGGUAACUACACUCCCCCACGGUAACAGCCUUCCCCAGCAAGACAAUGUGGCUGCCACAAGGAUGUGUGAAGUAAUGUGGAAGAUGCUGGAGCAGCCUCCAAAGUGUCCAGAUCCGGUGUAAUCGAGCAUCGAUGUACCAGAACAAGCUCGAUCAGCUGAUGGCCCGCUCCGUGAUCCACAGGAUCUGAAGGACACGGCGUCAGUCUCCCAGUUUCAGGCACUGCUGGCCCCCCCCGGAGGUCCUGUGUCCAUGUGGUGAGGGGUCAGAGCGUCUGUGGAACCCAGACAGUAUGAGGUUUUAAUGAUUCUGCUGAUCGUGUAAAUAAGGCUCCAGAGAACCAGUAGCUGUUAGGAGCAAACAUUCAUGGUUGGUUUGGCUUCUUGAUGCUCUGACUGGAAGAACACACAACAGAUUCUCCUGUUAGGUACAGUUUGAUUCAGCAGCAAUACAGAGAGAAGAUUGGAGCCACAUCUUUUGUGCCUAUGAAAAGUGUGUUUUGGGUGCAUUAAAAUAAAGGAUAUGCACCUUUAUUUUCUAAUUUCUAGUCCAGACUUCUCACAGACCUCAGAAGUUUCAUGUGAUCCUUGUUUUUUGCCACAUGGCUGUUGAACUCUUCCAUUAACAAAGCGAAUGUGUGUGGAAUAGCAUUGUUGACUUGCACUGAAUGCUGUGAUCUCUGAUGUGUGUUAAAUUAGGUGAUUUUCUUACCAGAGCAUAGAUGUGCCUGAAACUGUCCACAGUCAGAAAUGCCAAAUGCUGCUGCUGUGAAACACUUCUUUCAGGGUGGAGUUGUGGACUUCAUCCGUUUGCUUUUUGUUUUUUCCUUUCCGUUUUCUCACUUUGUUUUUGCCUAAAGCAAAUGUGCACCAACAGAAGAGUUUUCUGGCUUCAGGAUGGUACCUGCAUGCAGUCACUAAUGUACUUUCUUGUCCUAUUAAAAUGUGUAUGUAUGUGUAAAAAAAUAAAUAAAAGUGGUAAACAAAAAAUAAAUUAAAAAAAUGAAAUAAAA